UAAAGAGCAGCAGAAGAGGAGCACAAAGAAGGGGAAAAGCGCUCUGUGGCGGACAGCGGCUCGCCGAUCAGCCCCUGUAAUAAAGUGGUGGGUCUCCGAGCGUCGAUGUGAGCUGCUGGUGGCGGUGGCUGAGGCGCUCCGGGGUGAAUUUUGCGGCGGGAGAAGAGACGGGGGGCGCUUUGUGGUGCUGGCUGGCUGCUCGCUGUGUCUAUGUGGAAGUAUCGGCGACACCGCGGCGAUGCGCAGCUGCUCUGAAACAUCCACAAACUCUCCGCUCUUCGCACGGGUUAGUGGAUGUUAAGGUCAUGGCGAUGGAUCUCUCUCAGGUGACCCAGCUGUCCGCUGCUCAAACGCUCGGGGCAUGGUGACUGCUGUCAGGUGGCUGGAGGAGCAGCGGGGUCUAGCCUGAGGAGGAGAGCCAGGAGCGAGAGAGAACGAGGGGAAGAGCGAGGCAGAGCGCGAGAGGACGUCAUGGGCCAGUGUGUGACUAAAUGUAAAAACCCCACAUCCUCUCUGGGCAGCAAAAGUGGUGAAAAGGAUGCUGGGAAGUCACAUAAAAAAGCAGCAGGUGGAGUGGGCGGGACUGGAGGCCACAAAGAUGAAUCCAAAUUCCCUGCUGAUGUCAAUGGCACCAAAUCUCCAGAGGUUACCGUGGAAACUUCUGUGGCUCCACCCCUGUCGUCGGGGGACGUACGGAGGGAGGAGCCUGAUCAGGAGGGGGACGGGCUUUCUUUGGCUCGGAUAGAGGAGAUGUUCAUGCGGUAUAAAGACGAACAUGAGGACGCCAUCUUGGAAGAGGGAAUGGAGAGGUUCUGUAACGACCUGCACGUCGACCCGGCCGAGUUUAAAGUCCUGGUGCUGGCGUGGAAGUUUCAGGCUGCAACAAUGUGCAAGUUUACAAGGAGGGAGUUUGUGGAGGGCUGCCGGGCGAUCCAGGCAGACAGUCUUCAGGGGAUCUGUCAGCGUUUCUCGUGCCUGCUGGACGAGUCCCGCGGCGAGGAGAGCUUCAAGGACCUUUACCGUUUCACCUUCCAGUUCGGGCUGGACGCAGACGAGGGCCAGCGCUCGCUGCAGCGCUCCAUCGCCAUCGCCCUGUGGCGGCUCGUCUUCACGCUGGACAUGCCCCCCGUCCUGGAGCGCUGGCUCCACUUCCUGUCGGAGAACCCGUGCGGCGUGCGCGGGAUCUCGCGCGACACCUGGAACAUGUUCCUGAACUUCACUCAGAGCAUCGGGCCGGACCUCAGCAACUACAGCGAGGACGAGGCCUGGCCGAGCCUCUUCGACUCCUUCGUGGAGUGGGAGACAGAGAGGAGGCGCAGGGACAGGGAGGAGCAGGAGGAGAGGAGGAGACGGGUGGAGGAGGACGCGGAGCAGGAGGAGGGGGGGGAGGCGGACACGGUCAUGGACUGCAGCCCCGACCGCAGGCCGUGAUGGGGAAUGAGCGGAGCAGGGGGCCGUGACUAGUAUUACCCAAGACCCUUACUGUCCGUUCUGAUUGAUUGAUUAUGGUGAUUUAUAUUUUUAGGCUUUGUUGUCGGGGUGGGCGUCCGAGUGUCCCCUGAACUGAGUUAUUUUAUUGUCGAAAGGGCUCCAAAAACUAAAAUAGUGGUUUUUAAGCACUUGUAUUUAAGUUAUUGUUUUAUUUUGCAUUUCUUUUGUUUUUUUUUUUUUUUUGUUUUUUUUUAAAGGUCUGUCCCUUUACAGUGAUGACCUGGACACCGCACCACCCAUCUGACCCCGUCACCCAGGAACCGGCCCACGCUUGCGCUCAAUAAAGGGAAAUCCAUCAGCGGGUCUGAGCUCAGACCCCACACAAGCAGUAGAGGCGCUGUAACUGAUGUCAGGCUGAGAGAGAGAGAGACAGGUCAGAGGUCGGAUUCACGAAAAUAUAAAGAAAAUCUUCUGAAAUUUCUUUUACCGACUUCAUUCUUUAGAAAAAAGUUAUAAAAAUUGCCCUUUUUCAAAGAAUUCCUUAAGAAUUCUUUCAUUUUUUUUAACUCGUUUUAAGAAGAAAUCUCAGAGCAACGUGUUCUUAGCCGAGCGAGGGACUCAGGCUGAGUCGGUGAGGUGAGGAUCUAAAUUUAUUGCAGACGCUGCCUCUGCUGCCUCUGCUGCCUCCUCUCUCACUUCCCGCCGUCACUUCGUAAGGAGCAUUUUUCCCCGCGGUGGCUGGUGUGCUGGGUUUUAGUGCUGGGUUGGGUAUUUUUCCCGUUUCGCUCCUGUGAGCGGAUUAAACACAGUAACGGAAAAGCGGUUUGUGCCGAUUCAGAAUGCCUCCUGUCGUUUAUGGCCAGCUGUGAAACGCAGCACAGCCGGCGUAAGAAAGCAACGGAGAUCAUCUUAAGAUUGAGAGAAUACAAGUUCUCGUCCUUCAGUGCAGUUCUCAGAAAGUCUGAAGAGCUUUUUGUUGGUCUUAAGAAGCUUUGCGAGUUUUAAGUGUCUAAAGGGCGAAAACCUUAAAUUGUCCUAAAAAGAAGUUACGAAAAAUUAUUGGAAAAACAACUUGAGUUCUUUUUAAUCGUUGUCUUUAGAACACGUGCUGUUCGUCAACUUUAAGUGUUCUCACCCGAUAGAUUCACGCUCAUCUCGGGCUCUGGAAGCUGACCAGGUGAUCACCUAAAUUGAUCCAACUCUGCGCCGCCUCUGCUGCUGCUCGUCCUCGGCUCUCGCCCGUCGCUCCACGGUUAGCGGAUUUUUUCCUGGUGGCUGUUUCUUCCUCCGUCAGCUCCGGAUCUUGUGUGCUGAAUUUAUUAAACACUGGGUUGGGUGGUUUCCCCCCGUUUCGCUCCUCUGAGCGGAUUAAACUAAAGUUUAACUCAAACUAAACUAAACAAACUCCAGGUUUGUUUUUUAAAGCUCUGGUGAAUCCGACCCCUCGACUUUUCCAGCUUUUAACGGUUAGCAGCUGCUUUUUUUGGAGUCGCUGGUUAUUAUUACUGGUUACUAUGACAAAAACAUAGCAGAGCAUCUCUCUCUCUCUCUCUCUCUCUCUCUCUCUCUCUCUCUCUCUCUCUCUCUCUCUCUCUCUCUCUCUCUCUCUCUUUCUCUUUCUCUUUCUCUUUCUCUCUUUCUCUCUUUCUCUCUCUCUCGCAGGUUAAUUUGCAGUUUGUCUGCUGUGGUUUUUUUGUUUUUGCGGUUUAGUUUUUUUUAUCCACAGUGGUUUCAUUUCAAAUUCCUUUGUCUGAUUUUAUAUAAAAUGCAACAAUUUAUAACGAAUAAAAUGUGUGAAAUUGGGCAGUGGACCACGCAAAGCA